AUGUCUCGAGUACUGCGAUUGGCCAUUCUUGAAUGCGAAACGACGUUGCCCAAGGCCAAGGCCUCUCGCGGCUCGUACGGCGACAUCUUCCAAGAUCUCUUUACGCUCGGUCUCAAAAACUUGGGCGAUGAGGCAGCCAAUGUGCAGCUCCAAGUGAGCAAGUGGGACGUGAUCAACGGCAAAUACCCCCGGAUUGAGGAUGUAGACGCAAUCGUCUUGACGGGAAGCUACAGCACCGCGUUUGACCAAGAUCCGUGGAUCGUGGCUCUGGCCGACUAUGUCAGGCACGUCUUGGAAUCUACAGACAGAAAAGUGGUCGGCAUUUGCUUCGGCCACCAAAUCAUCGGUCGCGCGCUUGGAGCCGACGUCAACCACAAUCCGGGCGGAUGGGAGCUUUCCGUCGAGAACAUUGCUCUGAACGAGCAGGGCCAGAAAUUCCUCGGGCUCUCAUCGCUGGAGCUGCAUCAGAUGCAUCGCGAUGCCGUCCUCACUGUUCCCUCUGGACUCACAAACCUCGGAUCUAGCACGAAAUGCCCCAUACAGAUUCUCUACAAGCCCGGGCGACUGCUUUCUUUCCAAGGACAUCCUGAAUUUGACAGGCCCAUCAACGACGAGCUUCUCAAUGUGGAGCACGAGCACGGCAACGCGUUUGACGAGGAGGCAUUCCAGGACGCCAUCAAGCGUGUCGACCGUCCGCACGACGGAGUGUUUUUGUCUAGCAGGAUUAUGGAGUUCUUCCUCGACAGCGGGAAAUGGAAGGCUGGGGAAGAGUAA